CCCCUCGACACAUCAACACGGCGACAUAGCGACGCUCUGUGCUUCAGCAACAAUGUUCUUUGGAGGAUAUUCGUUUGAACAGGUGCCCAACCUGACCGGCAAGGUCGCCAUUGUCACCGGCGCCAAUGCGGGCCUGGGCCGAGCGUCUGCAAUGGAGCUCGCCCGCAAGGGUGCCCAUGUCAUCCUUGCCUGCCGAACCGAGAGCAAAGCGCUGCCCAUCGUCGAGGAGAUCAAGAAGGAGACCGGGAACGCCAAUGUUGAGUUCAUGGAGCUCGACCUCUCGUCGAUCAAGUCGGUCGAGCGGUUCUCGAAGAGAUUCCUCGAACGCGGGAUCGAGCUCGACAUCCUCAUGAACAAUGCCGCCAUCCUGAUGCCCCCGACUUUCACUCUGUCGGUCGAUCAAAUCGAGAUGCAGCUGGCAACCAAUCACAUUGGGCACUUCCUCCUGACGCUGAGCCUGAUUCCGGCCUUCCCCAAGGACCGCACGAGCCGAAUCGUCAACGUAAGCUCGAGAUCCCAUCAACUUUUUGCUCCCAAAUGCGGCUUCGAUCUGGAAAACUACAACAAUCCCGAGACCUACAAUCCCUGGGUCGCCUAUGGGCAGUCCAAGGUUGCCAACAUCCUGUUCACGCAGGAGCUGCAAGCCCGCCUCGAGGCAGCUGGAUAUGACAAGAUCUACGUGAAUGCCCUGAAUCCCGGAGCAGUGGCCACCGACGGUGCCAAGCAGAAUCCUCUGAUGAGUUCCGUCAAAACUUUUUUCUUCAAUCUCAUCGCCGUACCCCAAACCAAGGGCGCUCUGACUCAGAUCUACGUUGCCACUUCGCCGGACAUCGAGACCAAGAAUUAUCGCGGCCAGUACUUUGAUCCUGUCACUCGACUGUCGACCCCAUCCGCUCCUGCAAGUGAUAAGGAGUUGGCCAAGAAACUGUGGGAGCUGUCCGUGAAGUUGAUCCGCGAAAGGGGAUACGACGCCGAGUGGGUUAUCUCGUGAAAACCAAGAGAGCGACAGGGUGCCAUUGCACGCGCUUGUGGGUGGCGGCAUGGUUGUGGCUGAUGGUGGAGAUUUGGAUGGCGCACGGUGAUGUCCUCGACAGGCGGGACGAAUACAGACGCAGAACAGUCCGCUGCGAGGAUAUCGGGAAACGAAGUCGAGGGCAACGACUUUGCAGAGCGAGUGGAGUGGAGUGGAGUGGAGUGUGGAGUGUGAUGGAGCAAAACAUCAU